AUGAAUAUUCUGAGAAACAUUUCCUCCAUAUGUUACAGACAGCCAAGAACUUCACCCAGCAAAGUGACUCUAAUUCACCAAGGUCGUCCAAAACGAUUUCGUCUAGACACAAAGAGAAGAGUGCUUGAUGAAAGUGGCAAAGUCAGAAAAUGGACUUUUUUGAAAAAAGACACCAGUAAAGCAAACAAAAUUGUUCUGCUGGUGGGAGAGACUGGAGCUGGCAAGACGACUCUCAUCAACACCAUGGUCAACUACUUACUGGGAGUGAAGUUUGAAGAAGAAAUAUGGUAUGAAAUCACAGAAGAAGAAGCCAGAGAUCAAUCAGAAUCACAAACCUCUGAAAUCACAAUGUAUGAGGUCUGUCCUGUAGAGAGUCCCAUAUCUCUCACCAUUAUUGAUACUCCAGGCUAUGGAGACACUAGAGGACUGGAAAAAGAUCUGGAAGUUGCUGCAAAUUUAGCUACUCUGUUUCGGAGCAGCAGUGGAGUUCGUGAAGUUGAUGCCGUGUGUUUUGUGAUUCAAGCAUCUAAGAAUCGUCUCUCAGACAGGCAGCAUUACAUUACCAGUUCAAUUCUGUCUUUGUUUGGAAAAGACAUUGUAAACAACAUCGUGUUUUUAAUCACACAUUCUGAUGGUAUGGCACCCAAAAACGUCCUUGGUGCCAUCAAUAAAACUAAAAUCCCCUGCAGAAGAGACAAAAGUGGCCAACCUGUUUAUUUCUUAUUCAACAAUCGGCAAGCUGAAGACCAAAACAAUGAUAAGCGUUACCGUCGUGCUCAAAGAGAUGCUUGGGAAAGCAGCAUGGAUGAGAUGAAGCAAUUUCUUCAGUCUCUGGAUGAAAAGAACAGAAUAAGUUUGGAGUUGACUUCAGAUGUCCUCAUGGAGCGCAUUCAAUUAGAAGCAUAUAUCUGCAACUUGCAGCUGCGAGUUGAAGAGAAAGAGUCCAAGAAAUCUGAAAAAAUUCAGAUUCAGGAGGCAAUGAAACUAAACAAGGAAAAGAUUGACAAUAAUUCAAACUUUAGUGUUAAAGUCCAAAAGACAAUCAAAGUGAAGGUGCCCAUUGAAAGUGCUUCAUGGAAGAACAGGAAGGCGACGACCUGCACUUUCUGUGAGGAAAACUGCCAUGAGUUUGACUGCUGGUGGGUUUCUGAUCCCAGUAAUUGUGAAGUCAUGAAGAAAGGCUACUGCACUGUGUGCACAGGCAAGUGUCAUCACAGCAAACAUGUCAAAGAAAACAAAAAAUAUGUCAUCAAGACUGCAGAUGUUGUGAUGCAAUUGGAUGAAUUAAAAAAGGGGUAUGAAAAUACUAAAACCAAGAGGUUUUUGGUUAUAAUGGAUGAUCUUGACAAAGGUCUCCAAGAGCUUGAGGAUCAAAAACAGAUUCUUCUGUUCAAUGCUUACAAAACCAUUAAGCAUCUGUCUCAGAUUGCAUUAAAACCAGACUCUGCCUUCACUCUUCAGCAUCUCGACUUCUUCAUCCCCAGACUGAAGGAGGCUGGGAAAGAAAACUGGGUCAGAGAGCUUGAAGAAAUGAUGAGAAACGCUAAAGCUGAGGAAGCAAAUAAAGAUGCUCUGAGUUACCUUAAAGCUGGUCUGGCAAAAAUUUUCCUCAGUGGGAACAAAGUCGGAGUAGACAAGAAAUGAAUCAAUGAAAACAAAUAAGACUGUUUAAAAUUACAAAUCAAUGCAGAUGACAUUCUGUAGAUCUGAAAUUUAGAAAUUUAAUUUAAUCAUAGUAUCAAGCUGUUUGGUGUUUAAAAGGUCUGUUAUUUAAAAGGCAAGCCACACCAAUCCAAUCUUGUUAGUUUACAAACCAUUAAUAAUAAAUGAAAAUCAGUGAAAUUGGGGUGUACUAGAUGUUAGCUGUAAAUUUUGCAUCUGUGGAAGUUGAUGUGUUUAAGCUUGAACUCUUCUAUAUUUUAUCUUCAUCAAUUGCUGAAUUCUUUUAUUAUUUUGCUUUUUUACUUUAUUUCUUUAUUAUUUCCAGAUUUUUCUGUCUUUCUCUACAUUAAAAAUGUUGUUCAAUAAAAUAACUACAAACAAUAUAUACAUA